GGUCUCCCGCGGCGACCCCGAGCAGCUCGGCUGCCGCGUCGGCGCGGGGCGCCGGCGCGGCCAGGGCGCCGAGUCCGCGUGCCUUCGAGUACCAUUUGCCGUGGGAGGUCUCGGGCCCGCUCAACGGCGACGACGCGCGGGGCCUGCAGGAGAAGCCAGCCCACUACCAGCAGCAGCCGGAGGGCCUCCUCGGGAGGCCGGGCGAGGCGGCCGCGGCGGCGCUGCCGGGUGGGCACCUGCGGCAGGCGCUGGCGGAGCACGCGAGGGCGCUGCGGGAGGCGGCGUCGGAGCACGAGGCGGAGCUCCGCAAGGUUGCCGUGCUGGUCGGGGAGGAGCUGGGGCGGCAGCUGGGCUCGGCGGUGCGCCGCGCCGUGGAGGAGGCCUCGCCUGGCGACAGGUCCUCCCCGCACGUCCCUGCUGCGACGCUGGGCGACCCCGAGGAGCGGCCAGGCCUGCGCAGCGCGGAGGAGCACGGCGCUGCGGACAUUGGCCGGUCGAGGUCCCGGCGUACGAGGAGGAGCUGCAGUGAUGACGGUAUUGCUGGCAGCACGCCCUUCCGGGCAAGUGACACCAUGCAGGAGCACGUGAACGUCAUAGCGAACCCGGCCACAAACCAUGACAAAGUUUCAUCGGACGCAAGUACCUAUGGCGUCGGCCCGAUCGCCUCCUCCAUCAUCGAGCAAAUCGAGCACGCCCUCACGGGAUGCUGGGAGGCCUCCGACAGGGCCGCUACGACACGAAUGUGAUGUGCAAGUUCACGCUUGUCAGUGCCUACGUCUGCAUGGCUGAGGGCAGGGUCCAUGUCGAUCCGAGUGAUCCGAGUCGACCUCUAUUCUGGCCAGCCCGAUCCGAUUCGAUUCCGCUGUCUUUCAGGAGGGGAACAAACACACAGACACAAUUCAUCGUCGAUUCCCAGGAAGAUAUGGG